GCUUGGUUUCAGAAGCCCACCAAUUGGUUUCUAGGCGCAAGCCUUAAAGACUUCACAGCUCCGCCUGAGGGGAAGACUAAUUACUGACUGUGAAAGUGCAGCCGAUAGACAAUUCAAAUGACACGACCAGCCUUUGGCUGCACACAGUCCCUCCAACUACGACCUGUAGUUUCGCGAAGCUCUCCGACUCGGCCACGGUGAAGGCAUGUCCAAUCCGAAACACUAGACCUGGGUCCGUGCUGAUGGGAUCGAUAGCAUUCGUAAGGCUCCUGGCGAUAACGUGAUGAGCCCUCACACUCGCGAGCUCCAGCGGCUGUACACCCCGGCUCGAUCGGGAUGUUGCGAGCAAAAUGCUGAGACUCGGCCGCCAAUGACAGACUGGAAACUCGCACAGAAGCUGGGGCACCGUAUCCCCUUGGUGAACCUGGCAUGGCUGGUAUGCAAAGAAACCCGCGCUGUCGCGAAGAAGCACGCCACUCAGACUGAGUUGAGCAUCACGACACCGAUGAGCGGCGUGUCUGGCUCGGGUGGCGUGCCGACAGCACACCGCCCGAGCCAGGCAGCAGCACGCGCCAGCAGGCAGAGAGGCCCUCGCUACAGCGAGAGAGCGCCCGGAGGCGCGAGCCCCGCCGCCGACAGAGGCGAGGCGCCCGUCUCCGGAGGCCCGGGAGGCUGCAGCCAAAUCCACUACACGCAGGAGUGACCCUGCUCCUCC